AUGGUUGUCUACAAAGAAGGGGGGCCAGUGACCUUCGAGGAGGUGGCUGUGUAUUUCUCCAGGGAAGAGUGGGCUCUGCUGGACCCUGCUCAGAGAGCCCUCUACAGAGACGUCAUGCAGGAGAACUAUGAGAAUGUGACCUCGCUGGGGUUUCCAAUUUCCCAACCUGAUGUGAUCUCCCAGCUGGAACAAGGGGAAGAGCCAUGGGUCCCAGACCUCCAGGGUUCAGAGGAAAGAGAGAUCCUGAGAGCUCCCUGCACAGGGAAGAGGCCCUAUGAAUGCACUGAGUGUGGAAAAUGCUUCCCUAGCAGCUCAGCCCUUUCUCAACAUCAGAGAAUCCACACAGGGGAGAGGCCCUAUGAAUGCACUGAGUGUGGAAAAUGCUUCCCUAGCAGCUCAUCCCUUUCUCGACAUCAGAGAAUCCACACAGGGGAGAGGCCCUAUGAAUGCACUGAGUGUGGAAAAUGCUUCCCUAGCAGCUCAUCCCUUUCUCGACAUCAGAGAAUCCACACAGGGGAGAGGCCCUAUGAAUGCAGUGAGUGUGGGAAAACCUUCAGUCGCAGUUCACACCUUAUUACGCAUCAGAGAAUCCACACAGGGCAGAGGCCCUAUGAAUGCAGUGAGUGUGGUAAAUGCUUCACUAGCAGCUCAGGCCUUUAUCAACAUCAGAGAAUCCACACAGGGGAGAGGCCCUAUGCAUGCAGUGAGUGUGGAAAAUGCUUCACUGACAGCUCAGCCCUUUCUCAACAUCAGAGAAUCCACACAGGGGAGAGGCCCUAUGAAUGCAGUGAGUGUGGGAAAAACUUCAGUAGCAGCUCAAACCUUCUUGCCCAUCAGAGAAUCCACACAGGGGAGAGGCCCUAUGAAUGCAGUGAGUGUGGAAAAUCCUUCACUGACAGCUCAUCCCUUUCUCAACAUCAGAGAAUCCACACAGGGGAGAGGCCCUAUGAAUGCAGUGAGUGUGGAAAAUGCUUCACUAACAGCUCAGCCCUUUCUCAACAUCAGAGAAUCCACACAGGGGAGAGGCCCUAUGAAUGCAGUGAGUGUGGGAAAAGCUUUAUUACCGGCUCACACCUUAUUAGGCAUCACAGAAUCCACACAGGGAAGAGGCCCUAUGAAUGCAGUGAGUGCGGGAAAACCUUCAGUCGCUGUUCACACCUUAUUACGCAUCAGAGAAUCCACACAGGGAAGAGGCCCUAUGAAUGCAGUGAGUGUGGGAAAAACUUCAGUAGCAGCUCAAACCUUCUUGCCCAUCAGAGAAUCCACACAGGGGAGAGGCCCUAUGAAUGCAGUGAGUGUGGAAAAUCCUUCACUGACAGCUCAUCCCUUUCUCAACAUCAGAGAAUCCACACAGGGGAGAGGCCUUAUGAAUGCAGUGAGUGUGGUAAAUGCUUCACUAGCAGCUCAGGCCUUUAUCAACAUCAGAGAAUCCACACAGGGGAGAGGCCCUAUGAAUGCAGUGAGUGUGGGAAAUGCUUCACUGACAGCUCAGCCCUUUCUCAACAUCAGAGAAUCCACACAGGGGAGAGGCCCUAUGAAUGCAGUGAGUGUGGGAAAACCUUUAUUACCAGCUCACACCUUAUUAGGCAUGAGAGAAUCCACACAAGGAAGAGGCCCUAUGAAUGCAGUGAGUGCGGGAAAACCUUCAGUCGCUGUUCACACCUUAUUAGGCAUCAGAGAAUCCACACAGGGAAGAGGCCCUAUGAAUGCAGUGAGUGUGGGAAAACCUUCAAUCGCAGCUCAAACCUUCUUACCCAUCAGAGAAUCCACACAGGGGAGAGGCCCUAUGAAUGCAGUGAGUGUGGAAAAUGCUUCAAUCACAGAUCAUACCUUAUUAGGCAUCAGAGAAUCCACACAGGGGAGAGGCCCUAUGAAUGCAGUGAGUGUGGAAAAUGCUUCACUCACAGAUCAUACCUUAUUAGGCAUCAGAGAAUCCACACAGGGGAGAGGCCCUAUGAAUGCAGUGAGUGUGGAAAAUGCUUCACUGACAGCUCAGCCCUUUCUCAUCAUCAGAGAAUCCACACAGGGGAGAGGCCCUAUGAAUGCAGUGAAUGUGGGGGAAAAUUCAGUCGCAGCUCAGACCUUAUUACACAUCAGAGAAUCCACACAGGGGAGAGGCCCUAUGAAUGCAGUGAGUGUGGAAAAUGCUUCACUAACAGCUCAGCCCUUUCUCAACAUCAGAGAAUCCACACAGGGGAGAGGCCCUAUGAAUGCAGUGAGUGUGGGAAAACCUUUAUUACCAGCUCACACCUUAUUAGGCAUAAGAGAAUCCACACAGGGAAGAGGCCCUAUGAAUGCAGUGAGUGCGGGAAA